AUGGAUUCCACAGAGCUCGCUCCGUUCCAGGACAAAUUAUCGUCUGCCCUGGUGCAGGUGACCCGUACGGUUGGUCAGCUCUCCUCGGAGGACUUGAACUUCCACCGCACUUCGAGCGCGGACUUCGCCGAGUCGCUUGACCAGCAGAGCGAGCGAAUUCUCGCGUUGACAUCUGCCGUGCUCAAGGCUGCCACCGUUGGAACCGAUGUUGAUGCACCAGCCCUUGACACCGAAGAAUCGCUUGAGGAUAAUUGGCGUGGGGUGGUAGACGUGAUCGACUCGCUUCUAGAGAAAGCCGAUGCUUGUCUAGACGAGUUCACGGGUGUGAUCAAGAAAUUGAGCCCGUCACAAGAAGAGCAAGCCCCGGUGGUAAAAAAGGCGCCCUAUUUUCCAACUAUCUACGACUACGGACCAUCCAAAAUCCCGAAGCCGCAAUUAUUGUUCGAUCACAAACCCGAUAAUGCCGAUUUUGGUCCCUUCCACCCUCUUCUCAAAACGAAACCGCACGCAACUGUGGCGCUGGAGAAGUCUCUGGAGCAACAGCAGCUCAAUGGUGCAGCCGCACACCCUCAUCCUUACGAAACCGAGAUUCGCAAUGCGCAGUACCCGCAGUCGGUGUACCAGACAUGCCCUCCAAUCAACUUCCUGCCUUUCGAGGACACCACUGCUACAUUCGUCGAUACUAUGGAUGGAGUCAAGGAAAUGCUUGAAGAGCUGAAGCAGGCAAAGGAAAUUGCGAUUGAUUUGGAACACCAUGAUGUGCACUCCUACCAUGGCCUUGUGUCCUUGAUGCAAAUAAGCACACGAAAUAAGGACUGGGUGGUUGAUACCCUAAAGCCGUGGAGAGAAGAGCUCCAGAUCCUCAACGAGGUUUUUGCGGACCCAAAGAUCUUGAAAGUCCUGCACGGAUCAACUAUGGAUAUCAUCUGGCUGCAGCGUGACCUGGGCUUGUAUGUGAUUGGCAUGUUCGACACAUUCCACGCCGCCUCUGCAUUAGGAUAUCCCAAGAAGAGUCUGAAAUAUCUUCUGAAGAAGUUUGUGGAUUUCGAAGCCGACAAGCGGUAUCAAAUGGCCGAUUGGCGUGUCCGUCCACUUCCAUCUGCCAUGUUUGACUACGCACGAUCCGAUACCCACUACCUUCUCUAUGUUUAUGAUUGUCUGAGGAAUGAAUUAAUCGAGGCAUCGACGCCGGAGGAAAGCCUCAUUGAUUACGUGCAGGAGCGCUCGAAGAACGAGGCGCUGCAAAGAUACGAACGUCCGGUCUACGAUGCGGAGAAGGGACAGGGCCCAGGCGGCUGGUACGAUUUGCUUUCCAGGAAUGCGGGAAUGCUCUCCAAAGAGCAGUUUGCCGUUUUCAAAGCCGUCCACCAGUGGCGUGAUGAAGUGGCUCGAGCCGAGGAUGAGGGCUGGCAGUGUGUGUUCCCCAAACAUGUGCUCUUCAAGCUUGCUCAGGCCAUGCCUCUCGACAUGGGUACCUUACUGCGGACCCUUUCGCCUAUGACUCCUCUUACAAAGGAUCGAGCUGCUGACUUACUUGCCAUCAUUAAGGAGGCGAAGAUUGCGGGUGCCACAGGCCCGGAAUGGCGCGAUUUCGCACCACCACCCAAAGCACCUGCAAACAUGGCUGAGCCUGAUAUGGAUCAUGUUGAUUUCCCUAUUGCUGAGCGUUACGAGACAUCUCAGUUCUGGGGCGAUGUUUUAGAAGCGCAGGAGCUUUCUGCUCCGGUCUCAUACUCCACUGCCGCAUCACUCGAAGCUCUACGACUUUCUCUUCCCUUACCCCCAAUGCCGACGACUGUCUCCCAGGCUCGUGAGAAGCUGGGUGUUUCCGCGAACACAGAAACCACUUCGGCUCCCAAGGCAGCUCCUGUACCCGCUUCGGCCCCUGAAGAGCCAAAGUAUUUCACUGUGAAAGAUCUUGGUGGUCCACGCAAGCGAAAGGUCGCUGCAGCUGUCACUCCAGAUCAGGAGGUGUCCACGCCCGAUAGCUUGGUUGAGUCAAUCAACGAGCCAGAUUCGACCGAGAAACAACGCAAGAAGUCCCGGAAGGAGAAGAAGGCCAAGAAGGCGACUCAGUCAGGCUCCCAAUCUGAGGCUGACUCAACCCCAUUCGACUAUGGUGCCGCAGAAUCAAUCCUCAAUGUACCUGUCGCAUCUGCGAUGAGACCCCAACCCAAGAGGACAUUCAACCCUUACGCGAAGGCGUUGGAAGCCCCUUCGGGUGCGCGCAAACAAAAGCGGGACGAUGCUGGAAAGUCUAUGACAUUCCGCAAGUAG